AUGUCCAUAUCUGGUGAAAAGUUUGAUUUUCUAGAACAGCUUCCCUUUGCCGAUGGCAAAUUUGAAGCCACCGGCAGAAUCACCACUCCUAUUACUUUCACGCUUGAAAAAGACUCCACCAAAACUGUUACUCUUCUUCCAGUCCAUGAGUAUACCGAGAUUCCGGACAAUCUCGUUCAAGUCGUCCAAGACGAGUUCAACUACAUUGUGGAAGAGGGCCAGACGUAUCCCCACCACCAGACGUUGACACAUGACGAUUUUGUCAAAUACUGGUUCAGUGGGUUUGUAGCUAUACUCAUAGAAGGUGAACACCAAUCGGCCCUCGACGACGACUUGAAACUGUUGUCGGUAUCUCAAUGGCGAGACAUUUUCCUCGGGAACUUCUACAUCAAGCCAAACUACAUUGGCAGAUGUUCACAUGUGUGCAACGCCGGUUUUGUUGUCAACCACGAGAAACGAGGUUUGGGCCUCGGGAAGGAACUCGGAAGAAAGUACUUGGUAUGGGCUCCACAAUUGGGGUAUGUGUAUUCGGUUUUCAACCUUGUUUUUGAGACAAAUAUCGCCAGUUUGAAGAUUUGGGAUGGAUUGGGAUUCGAAAGAAUUGGAUAUGUCAAGAAUGUCGCUGUUCUUAAAGGUCAUAAGCAUUUAGUAGGUGCACAUAUGUUCGGUAAGGACUUGGUUUCUGAAAAAGGCAUUGAAGCAGCAGAAAACGGAAAAGUAUGA